AUGUCCAGUCCGGAUCCAGAACAGACGUAUUUAGAUAUUUCAGUAGACCUAGUGCCAAAUGAGCCGGCAGAAAUAGAACAGCCAUGUGUGGCCUGUGGCAAUGCAGGAUUGCUCAGACUGCUAAUAGUACCAGACAUGUUCUUCCCAGAUUCUCUUAUUAGCACAUUUACAUGUAGAGUGUGCCCCUUUAGAAAUAAACAAAUGGACGAGAUGAAUCAGUCUAAUAAAGGGGUUAGAAUAUCCUGUUACUUAGACAAGCCAGAGGACUUGAAGAGAUACUUAAUUAUACCGUCUAAAGCGAAAGUUUCCUUUGAGUCUGGGUUAGAUGGGGUGACAUAUACCCACCAGGAAGACAGUGUUUCAACAGUUGAAUCUCUUAUUAGAAGCAUUUUUGAAAAGCUUCUGUCAAUAUCAACGCUACCAGAGAGCAGACUAACAAAAGAAGAACUCUUGGAAUUAGAAGAGUACUCUGGAGUAGCCACAUUCUUACAGGACUCAAUGGAUAAUUUAAACAUGACACUGUCAAUUGAUGAUCCAAAAGGAGUGGCAAGAGUCAUGCCAAUUGGUGCUAACAUGCAAAGAAGUACAAAGAGCGUUCCACUGGACUAUUAUAGAGAUGGAAUUGUUGAAAUAGAGGAGUAUGAUUUAGAGCCAGAAAACUCUGGAGAAAAUAAAACUGCAGAAGACUUAGUUGAAGAAACAUCACACGAGAGUACCAGCCCAGAAUAAAUUUAGAUUAGGAUUAUUUCAGGAUAUACCGCCUACCCUACACCAGAUAUUCUAAAUAUUAAGUAAUUAUUAAUGAAUAUAUCCAGGAAAACCCAAAGAAAAUAAGAAUAAAUUAAAU